AUGCACCUGAUUUAUAGUAUUUAUUGUAACAUCACAGAUAUUUUGAAGUACUCUCUCUAUGCAACCACCUACAUCCUCAUAUUCAUCUCUGGUCUUUUGGUUAAUGGUGCAGCCUUGUGGGUUCUGUGCUGCUUCAUCAGCAAGAAAAAUAAAGCCAUCAUUUUCAUCAUCAGUCUCUCUGUGGCUGAUCUUGCUCACGUGCUGUCCUUACCUCUCCGGAUUUACUAUUACAACAGCCACCACUGGUCCUUCCUGAAGGCCCUUUGCCUGCUGUGCUUCUACCUGAAGUAUCUCAACAUGUAUGCCAGCAUUUGUUUCCUGACCUGCCUCAGCCUUCAGAGAUGUUUCUUUCUCCUCAAGCCCUUCAGAGCCAGAGAAUGGAAGCGUAGGUAUGAUGUAAGCAUUAGUGCUGACAUCUGGAUCAUUGUGGGGACUGCCUGUUCGCCACUUCCAAUUCUGAGGACUGCUGGCUUAGCCAACAACACUGAAUCUUGCUUUUCCAAUUUACGGUUUAAACACAUUAGAAUGACUUCCUCCAUUGGUAUGAUAAGUGUAGCUGAACAUGGAGGCCUUUUUUUAACUGCUGCCAUCAUUUCUUAUUGCACAUGGAAAAUGAGGAAAUCUUUACAAGAAUUCCAAGCUCCCCUUCAGAAUACCAAAGAGAGAAAAAGGGCUUUGUGGAUGGUUCUGAUAUGUGCCGUUGUGUUCACUGUGUGUUUCACUCCUUACCACCUCAACUUCCUAUUCUAUAUGUUGGUGAAACAACAUGUUUUUUCAACCUGUUCCUUUACUAAGAUCACCCUAUAUUUUCACAUCAUUUCUCUAUGUCUUGCAAAUUUGAAUUGCUACCUUCAUUCCAUUGUAUGUUAUUUUAUGACCUCAGAAUUCCAUAAUAGGCUUUUGGAACACAGUGGUUUGGUUCUUCAUUUACAUGUGAGACACAAGGACAGGCCUUUGGAAAUUCAUCACAAGAAGGAGGAACUUCAAACUAUCUCUCCUACAAAUUUGAAUGAUUCCAAGAUAACGUAA